UUAGGCUGCUUGUGGAAGUCAGACCAAAUGGCAGGAAGGCAUUGCAGCAAGGUGGAGUUGGGAAAGGACAAAUCUCAUGGGAGGAACCAUCAGACACCUGAUCUUCAUCAAGAAGAGAACUCUGCUCCAGAAGUCAUUGGAAAUUGGAGUUUGCGAAGCAGAGAACAACUCAGAAAAAGAAAAGCUGAAUUACAAGAAAAUCAGGCUUCACAAUGGCUCUCUGGAGAACAGAAAAAACGCAAAUAUCAGAGAACAGGAAAAGGAAAUCAAAGAGGCAGAAAGAGCAAACAAAAUACAGAACUGAAAAUGGAACCUCAGUCACAGAUAGAAAAGGAAAUUAUGGAACAAGCACUGGCACCUACAGAGAAAGAAGCUGAACUACCAGGAAGUGUAACCGAAGCCCUUCCUUUGGUAGCCUCCCCACGAGAAGUUAUGCCCAAGGAACAUUUUUCUGAAGUACGUCAAGAAAGCAUUAUACAGCAGGAAAAUUCUUCUGCGUACCAAGAAACAGUAGUACAAAACAAUUCUUCUGAGACAUGCCAACAUAUGGCUGAACCUGAAGACCUGGCUCCUAAAACGUGCCAGGAAAUAGCUGUACUCCAAGACCAUCCUCUCAACACCUGCCAGGAUACAGCUGAGCCUGAAGACCUGGCUCCUAAAAUGUGCCAGGAAAUAGCUGUACUUGAAGAUCAUCCUCUCAAACUGCUCCAGGAUACAGCUGAACCUCGAGACUUCACUCCUAAAAUGUUCCAAGAAAUAGCUGUACUCAAAGCUCUUCCUUGUCCAACCUCUGAAGACACAGCUGACCUGGAAGGACACGCUCCUGAAGCAGGCCCCAAACCAGACGUGCCUGAAGGCUAUACUCUUGAUGGGCACCAAAAACCAGAAGCGCCAGAAGAAUGCAAUGCUGAAUCAGACCGAGAAAUAGCUGAGAAUGAAGGCUUCUUUCCGAAAACACAAGAAUUAGCUGUGCCCAAAGACCUUUCUACAAAACCACACCCAGAAACAGUUGAACCUGAGCACUCUUCUCAUAAAACGUAUAAAGAAAUUGCUGUAUAUAAAGCCCUCUCUCAUAAGACAAUCCAAGAAACACCUCAGCCUGAAGAAUCUUCACCUGACACAUACCAAGAAACACCUGGGCCUGGAAAAUAUUCACCUAGAAUAUACCAAGAAACACCCACAUUCAAAGAAUAUUCACCUGAAAUAAACCAAGAAACACUGGAGCCUGAAGACCUCUCUGCUAAGACAUGUGAAAAUAAGGAUAUGCCUAAAGAAUGCCUUCCAGAACCACACCAAGAAAUAGGUGAGCCCCAAGACCGGGAUCCUAGAGUAAACCAGGAAGAUGCUAAGGAUGUUUAUGGUUUUUCUCAAGAAAUAAAAGAAAAACCCAAAGCAGAAGAACCAGAAAUACCAGCAAUUAGGAACAUUCCUCCAGAGAUUCCUCCAGAAAAUGAUGUCUACAGUUUUGUUUUCUUUUAACAAUGCUCAACCAUAAAGUUGUA